AUGUAAAUACAAAAAGAUCUCAAAUCGAGAAUACAAGAAAUACUCCAAAAACACAAUAUUAAAUAAGUCGAUUUGGCAAGAGAAAUAGGCAUCCAUCACAGUACUCUUUCCCUCUGGAUGCAGAACAAAAACAAACCAAGAAAACAAGACAUUUCCAAUUCCCAGAGUACAAGAAUCGAAGAGUUAUUGGAAAGAUGGAUAGCCACCUUCCAUGCCAAUAAAGGCUAAGGAAUGGGCACUGGCUAAUUCCGACUCCCUGAUAGCAGAGCCUCUCAAUUCAUGUCCCAUCAUACUGUCAGGCCUGUAUUGCCCAUUUCCAAAUUCCACAUCCUUAGAAAUCAAUAUCAAAAUUCCAUCAAAUAAUAAAGACAAGAAAUCAUUUUGCGUAAGACUUAGGAGCAAUUGAAAAACAAUCCCAAUAUUUCAUUACAAUAAGCAUUAAAUCAAUCUGCUUAAGACAUUCCCAUUGAACCGCCCAAACAUCAAUAAUUAGUUCCGAUCACCAUUGAUUUUGAAUUAGAUGGCAAGAAAAUUUACUAAACUUUUUGUUGGAAUCUAAAUGAAUCUCAUAUGAUCCCAGAAACAUUUGCCAGAAUAAUCACAGAAGAGAAUCAAUUGCCUUCAGUUAUUGAAUAGGAAAUCUGUACACAAAUCAAGAAACAAGUUUAAGAUUAUAAAUGCUACUACCCAACAAAAGAUGAAAUGUUAAAGAAUCUCCAUGUAGAUCUGAGAGUUGAAAACAUUCAUUUCAAUGAUUAGUUGGAAUGGGAUAUGAACAAUACCAUGAAUUCACCAGAAGCAUUAGCAGAAUUGACAGCCAAAGAAAUGGGAAUGCCUGAAUAAUAUGAGCCUAGAAUAGCACAUGCUCUAAGAGAAUCAAUCUCAUCUUUACAAAGACAAAUGGAACCCAAAACUGGCGAAGACUUUAGUAAUUUAAAGAAGAGCACUAGAACUUUGAUUGAAAGCAAUGCCAAUUUCAAUCAAUUUAAAAAUGUCAUGUUUUCUAAUUAAAUCAACUUUAAGAAUUGGGUCAGAUGUGAAUUAGAAUAUGACCAUCAAUUUGAAUGGGGUCCUUCGAUUGAACUUCUUGAUUAGAAUGCUCUAAGGAAUGUGUAAAAGUAGGAGGAUCGUAAAACCAGGUAUGUAAGGAGAUAAAGAUGA